UCAAGAAAAGAAAAAAGAAACAUGGCGAUUCUGAAAACGAAAAAGAGACAACAAAACCCUAACGAUAUUUGGAAUCAAUUUAUAAGAUUUUCUUCCAAGAAAUUCUUUCGUUUACUUUUGAUUCUCAUUUUGUUAGCUCUUAUUCCUCCAAUUUUCUUUCAUUUUAGACUCAGACGAAUCCAACAGUUACAAUCAAAGAAAUGUGGUUGGAUUAAGAAUCCUCCUUUAGUAUGUGCUCAUGGUGGUGAUCCAACUAAAGCUUUCCCCAAUACUGUUUCUGCAUAUCGCAGUGCCCUUAGCUCCCAAGUCGACUGCAUUGAGGUUGAUGUUUCUCGUUCUUCUGAUGGAAUUUUGUUCGCUCUCCAUGAUAGGGAUUUGCAGCGAAUAUCUGGUAACGAGACUGCAAAAGUUGGUUUCUUGACCAGGAAAGAGCUGAAAGAAUUGGGUGUCAAACAUCUGUCCCAUCAAGAGUUUCACGAACAAGAAAUGUCAACAGUCGAAGAUGCAUUGAUGUUAAUAUCUAAAUCAGUUGGGCAUGUAGUCUUGGAUGCAAAAGUGGGACCUCCAAAAUACGAGCAAGGACUAGCAAAAGAUAUUCUUUCUAUCGUAAAGAGAACACAGUGCCAAAAUUGUAUCAUUUGGGCUAAAAGUGACACAUUAGCUAGGGAUAUAAUCAGACUGUCGUCUGACGUAACGGUUGGUUACAUUGUCAUGAGUGAUCCUUUAACUGGUGCUAGGACCAACAUACUAAGAAUGAAAAAAGCUAGUGUUGUUGGGGUGUAUCACCCUUUAGUUGAUGACAAGCUUGUGAGAGUUCUUCAUGGGAGGAAUAAGAAAGUUUAUUCUUGGACUGUCGACGAUGUAGAUUCUAUGCGGAGAAUGCUAAUUGAACAAGUAGAUGGUGUUGUUACCAACCAUCCUGCGAAGCUUCGACGGCUCAUGCAAGACAUUCAAUCUCAAUGCCUUGAGGAUGGGCUCCCUUUGCCCAGAUAAUAACCUCUCUGUCUGUUUCUGUCUCACUCUGUCCCUAGGUUCAUUCCAACACGUCAUAAGUUGUGGCUUAUACAGAUGGGUCUAAACACCCAAUUAAUUGCACAGCAAAAAUCUCAUUUUUCUGUUCAUAGAAGAGCCAAUAUGUUAGGUUAUUUUCAUGACAAGGGCACUUUGAAAAAUGCCUUGUCUUGCAUUACAUAUUUAUUUAGCAACAAACAAUAUGUUCCAUCUUGUUUUUUUUUUCUUCCUGUUGAAUCUGCAACGCUAUAAAAAAGAAGAAGGAUAUUUUUGUAAUUU